AUGACGACCAUUCAAACAAUUGGCAAGGAUACGCUGAUUGGACAAGCGAAGGAGGUUUUCGAUAAUGCCAUCAGCUCCUCGAACUCCGGACUUCGAAACCCUUCCAAGAUCAAAGAAGAAAUCACCCAUCUCAAGCAUUUCUCCUCCAAGCUCAAGUUCCAAUAUUUGGAGCAGGAGACCAGAGAUAAAUUCUUAAGGCUACUCCUUAUUGAUGAGAAGAGCAUCUCAGAAGAGGAUAUAGAUAAUAUAGUUGGUGAAAAUGGUCAGCUCAAGGAGUCACUAAAACAGCUCAAGAGAGAGAUUGAGGCGCUGACAGAACAAGCUGAAAACGUGGCAGAGGAAGUCAUAAGAUUGAACGAAAAGCUCGCAAAAGAGAAGGAGGAAGCCCAAAAAGGAUUGGACGAAGCGGCGCAACUACAAAAAGAGCUCGAUCUGUUGAUGGAGGAGUCUGAGAAUGAACACUACAAGACGCUAUUCCAUUUCAAGAAGCUCAUAGACUCCGAUGAUAUAGGGCUUAGCGAAGCAAUCAGCAUUGCCAACAGCGCCGUGGAAAGUGACGAGGCCGCAUUGAAGGAGGUCAGAGAGAAACUAGAAAAGGCCAAGAGAGAGCUUGCAGAAAAGAAGAGCCAGGAAGAAGAAUUGAGGCGACGGGCAAGCGAUUUAAAAAACCAAGUCGAAGAUGGAGAAACGCAAGUGUUGAAGGGAGAGCAGCAGGAGUAUGCGCAGAAGUUAGGAGACGUCAAGGGGUUGCUCAGUCGAUUUGAAGGUAAUAUCCUGGUGUAG